CACCUCCCACUCGAUCUUGUCUCUUCUCUACUCAAACACCUAGACACACCGUCUUUUCAACUUUUUUUUGUUCAUAAAUGUACUUUUAUUUUGUUGAUACUGUCUUUUAGUUUUUUUUUUAGUUUUUCGUAUGGUUGUUGUUACUCCAAAUCUCCUCCAGAAUAAAUUACUGGUUACUUCAAGACACCCUUUCCAGGCUCUAGAAAGUUUCAAUUCCUUUCAUUUUCACACCCAUCCUCUCCUCCUUCGAUAAAUAAAGAACGGUUCUGUUUAUUACCUUUCCCACCAUUUUCCGUUUUUGUGUACAAGAAGCUAGGCUUUUUAAAAGUGAAGUGUCAAAAUAAUCCACAAUUGAAAACGUCCACCACUGAGAGACUCCAUUAUUCUGCGGUGUUUUCUUACGGCCAAUAAUGAAGAAACUUUCAAAAUGUGUGGGUUUUCCAACGAAAACGAAAAGUCAUGGCUUGGCAAGCUGUUGACGAGUUUAUAACGAUUAAUUUGUGCUCCUAAAAUGAGAGCUCGAAAGUACUGGGAACAUACGUAUCUCCACUACCCUCCCCACACCCAUCACCCUGGCAUCAUUGUAAUGCGCGGUCCGACCUGGAAACAAGUCUGCUAUGUCUCUUUUCCUAAUAUGGGUAGCAGUUUUCAUUUUGACCAAUAAGAUGCACGCUUUAACCCAACGUACGAAAUUCGAAGUUUUAAUCUGGCGUUUUAACUUUUCGAAGCACGUAAUGUUUUGGAGAAGAGCAAGCACAUUAUUUGGAAUCGAAAAGUUAAUCAAUUUCUCAGCAUAGGAAAAGUUAGAUCAACAAGAAAUAUGGAUGUUCUCAAAACGAAUGGAGUUAACAACAACGCGAACCCACAGCGUGUUGCUCUGAAAGAAACACAAGACUUGAAAGUUAAACUGCAAGAAUGCCUUCACCUAUCGACAUCGAACAACCAAGCUAAUCGACAAUUGCAACAGGCAAAUCACAAACCGAAUGGAUGGAUAAAACAAGAGCACUCUUCUGCACAAAAUCAUCGCCAACAUCAUCACCAGGUUGAACGAACAGAUGACAAAUCGUCUGCACAUUCACAAGAUGAAAAUAAAGAAAACAACGAGAAAGAACGCUCUAAGAAGUCCAAGGCCUGUUGGUCACUGGAUGACUUUGAUAUUGGCAAGCCGCUAGGAAAAGGAAAAUUUGGAAAUGUGUACCUGGCAAGGGAUAAGAAGAGUAAAUACAUUGUAGCCCUUAAGGUCUUGUUUAAAUCACAGUUAGAGAAAAAUAACGUGGAACACCAACUUAGAAGGGAAAUUGAAAUUCAGUCUCAUCUCAGGCAUCCCCACAUUCUUCGCCUUUUUGGUUAUUUCUAUGAUAAGACAAGAGUAUAUCUUAUCUUAGAAUAUGCUCCAAGAGGUGAGCUGUACAAAGAGUUGAAUAAAGUUGAGAGGUUUGACGAGAAAAAAUCCUCAAAUUAUAUUCGUCAACUAGCACAAGCUUUAAAGUAUUGUCACUCAAAGAAAGUCAUCCAUAGGGACAUCAAACCAGAAAACCUUCUUCUUACCCUCAAGGGAGAUUUAAAAAUUGCUGAUUUUGGUUGGUCAGUUCAUGCUCCCUCGUCAAGGCGGACAACACUCUGUGGAACACUAGAUUAUCUCCCUCCUGAGAUGAUUGAAGGAAAAGCACAAGAUGAAAAGGUUGACCUUUGGAGCCUUGGAGUGCUGUGUUAUGAAUUCCUUGUUGGAAAGCCUCCUUUUGAAGCUGAUGGUCACCAUGAAACCUAUCGCAGAAUCUCAAGGGUUGACCUCAAGUUUCCAAGUUAUGUUUCAGAAGGGGCACGAGACCUAAUUUCUAAGCUUCUUGUGCAUGAUCCAAGCAAACGACUUCCUCUGAAUGGUGUCCUUGCACAUCCUUGGAUAAGAAACAAUGCAAGCGAAACAGAAAUGCAAUCUACUUGUAGUUAUACAGCAACAAAGCCAUAGUUCCAGAUAUUGUGCAAAUUUAUUAGUCAAUGUAAAUACCUUAGCAUGUCUCCAGAAACUUAAUUUGUAUAUAGAGGUGGGAAAUAGUUUAUUUUUGCUGAAGCCAUUGAAUUAUGCACUUAUGAAUGAUAAAUGAGAUUACAGUAUGUUUUUGACAUCAAUGAUAAAAAUUUCAACACUGCAACUUCUUUUAAGAUAAACAUCUUUACAAAAAAAGCUACCAUAAAUUAGUGUACCUUAUUUACUUUCACAGUGUUUGCUUAAUUCCUUACCGGUUAAAGGCAAUGAAGUGGUUGUAUUGUAAACUAGACUUUUUCCCUAACUUCACCACAGGGCUUUUCAAUGCCUAUCCAUCAGCACAAUUAUUGUCAGGGAUACAUAAAAUAUUUUGUUUUUGUUGUGUAGUAAAUUACUGUAAUGAACCAAAGUAGUAAUUAUGGAUCCAAGGCUACAUUUCAUUAAUUACCCUCCUGACUAAUUUUUGGAAAACUAUUAAAAGUAGAGUUUAUCAUUAAUUUCGCAGGUGGAAAUUUUUCCAAAAAAAAGUACUUGCGAGAGGGUUUUUCUCACUCUUUGACCAAUAUUAACAAAUCUUGUUUGGAUUGGUUUAAAACCAUUACAUUUGUCAUAAUGCCAGUGACUAUUUGAUGUAAUAAAAAUGUUUCUGUCUGCUCAAAGAAAUGUUGUUUCUUCACUUAACAAAAUGUGGGGUUGUAAACUUAUUCCCAUGUCAACAAUGUUGUAAGGAAUUAUAACCAAAUUUCAAAAUCUUGUGCUAGUUACAACCAUGUGGGUUUUAACCUGGACAGAAACUUCCCAUUUAGCUGGAAAAUGGUGAUUUACAUAAACCCUCAAAGCCACGAACACCAGAAAUAUUUUUGGAAUGUGAUUGUGUAAAAGGAAAUGAACCAAUCAGGUUUGAGGAAUAUUUCAUGUACACAGUAAUUCUAAACUCCUUGACAAGCUUGGAAUGUGAACCAAGUGUUAAUUCCUAUUUGGACUUGAAUGAAAUAUCCACUGCCAAAUUAUCUAAAAUUUUGCUCCAUUUGUUUUCAAAAUGAGUCUAUAAAUCACUGCAUAAAUUUUUCCCUCCUUACACAUAUUCUGCAUCUUGAGUGAAAAAUCUAUUGAAUUUAUCCGAGUGUAAAUUUUAAGUCACCAUGUGCAACAAUUAAUUUCUAAGUGCCUGACAGAACUACCCUCAGUAGCUGGAAAAAAAAAAAACAAACUAGUGGGUAUUUGGCAACCC